AUGUUGCUUAGCCCGCAGUCCAAAAUGGAACUCUUUGUUACCGUAUUCAUCUUGCAGAUCCUCUUCGGAGCCGUCCAAUGUGCCGUGUCUUCCAAGCCCGCCGCGCGUUCACAUGCACUCAACACAUACGACCCUCGUGGCAGGGAACGUGAACGGGACCCAACCCGCUUUACCGGGCCCAACCGUCCGCCAAAGGACGUUCAGAACGUUGAGGAGGCACGACACGAAGCUGAGCUGUACAAUUCAUGCGUACAAGGAAUAGUAUGA